CACCAUGUCUUGAUUAGUUACUGGGCAGGUAGUUGACGGGGUUGUUAAGGAACGGGUAGGACCGUAGGAGGAGCGGAGCGGAGCGUUGUUCUGUUGUCUGGGCACGAGUUCGAGACCGUUUAUACGCUCUUUGUGAAAUCUGGACCGUUGAUGCGUUCGGUUUUCUCAUCACCUUCGUCCAUUUUCUUCCGAUCGCCAAAAGAUGAGUUCCCUCGCAAUCCUUCCUCCGACCACCGCGUCCUGUUCUCCCCGCCGCCGCCACCUCCUCGUGCGGCAGGUGAUCGCCGCCGUUCUCCAGCGCCGGCCCCUCCCUCCUCCCUCCCCACGCUUCCCCGGCUGGACCUCUGAGACCGUCCGCGACGUCCUUUCCUCCAUCUCCACCUACUUUUUCCUCUCCCCCCGCUCCGUCGGCCGGCAGCGCCCCUCCGGCCGCCACCGCUCCCCACUUCGCCAGCGCUCCCUCCGCUGCGAGUCCUCAUCCGCCCGUGGCCCCGCCGCCCGCCGUGACCCCGACACCGUUGCCCUUGGCGUCGCCGGCGCCCUUGAGUUCUACUCCUGGGCGGAGUCCCGCUGUGGCUUCCCCCACGACGAGCUCACUUGCCGAGAUAUGUCCCGCCUCCUCGCCCGGGCCAACUGCCUUCCCAUCCUCUGGCGCUUCCUCCGCGCAAACGAGACCCUCGUCGGCACCGCCACAGUCACCGAGGUCAUCAAGGUCCUCGGCGAGGAGGGCCUCACCAAGGAAGCCUUGGCUGCCUUCUACCGCAUGAAGCAGCUGCACUGCAAGCCCGACGUCCGUUCUUACAACACCGUCAUCUCGGCCCUGUGCCGCGUCGGCCACUUCAAGAAGGCGAGAUUUCUAUUGGAUCGGAUGGAACUGCCGGGCGCCCGGUGCCCACCCGAUACCUUCACAUACACGAUCUUGAUAAGCUCCUACUGCAAGCACAGCUUGCAGACUGGCUGCCGGAAGGCCAUCAGGAGGAGGAUCUGGGAAGCCAAUCACAUGUUCCGGAGGAUGCUGUUCAACGGAUUCGUACCUGAUGUUGUCACAUACAAUUGCUUGAUCGAUGGCCUCUGCAAGACGUAUAGGAUCGAGAGGGCACAUGAGCUGCUUGAUGAUAUGCCGGUGAAGGGUUGUUCCCCGAAUCGGGUUACAUACAAUUCUUUUAUUAGGUACUACAGCGUUGUUAACCAAGUAGACAAGGCCGUCGAGAUGAUGAGGGCCAUGGUAUCACGGAACCACGGGAAGCCCACCUCAAGUUCAUAUACACCUAUUAUUCACGCAUUGUGUGAGACUGGGAGAGUUAGGGAGGCAAGAGAUUUUUUGGUGGAGAUGGCAGCUGGUGGAUCUAUGCCGCGGGAGUUCACAUAUAACCUGGUUUGCAGUGCGCUGAAUGAUGCAGGAGAGGAAACUCUGCCGAAGGAUCUUUGCACAAGGAUAGAAGAUGGAAUGCGUACUAGAUUUAGGCAGGUGUUGCAGUUGAAACCUAUGAUGAGGGGCAAAAGCAUGUUUAUUCAAGAGCAAGUAUGAGGAAUGUGUAUCCUGUGAUGGUGCUCAAAGCGAAGGGCAUUAUGCAUUGAUACACCUCCUGUUCUUGGGUGAGACCUUCUGGUUGAAACAAUUUGGAGAAAUCCAGGAUAUGAUUUCUAUGGCUCAAAAUCACUCUACAAGAUCUUGGUUUCUUCAUCAAAGGAAGGUAAUGAUAUUGUCUUCUUAUUGAAAUUAAUGCAAUUUUAAUUUGCCUAGCUAGUUAUAUUUUUACCUUCUGAUACGUUUAAUGGUACAAAUUGUUGUUGCUUUAAUAUAUCUUGUUAGCAUGUAUAAAUGAACAUUACAGAAGAUCCUUCAGCUUCAAAUAGUCAACAAUGAAGUCAUACAUAAGUCUCAAAUUUCAUCACAAGUACACCUGGCAAAAGAGGACUGAAGUAAUGUUAUCAUGUCAUUGUAAGAAGUAGCUUCAAUUAACUGGCCAACUAGUAUCUAUAGCAGUUUCUUGUAUUUUGUUUGUUUUUCUGCUACAGGAAGGAUGUCAAGGGUCGAGAAUCUUUACUGAUGACAUGAUAAACUUAUGCUUUU